CUGCCAGGUGUGCUUCCAGAACCUGCGCCUCCCAAUCAACAAGCUGCACCGCCCGCACAGCGCUGACCUCACUCGCCGCUGCGCCUCUCUUGCUGCCCGCACCAGCACUGAAUCCCAGGAACGAGCACCCUUUCCGCCCCAUUCCUCUCACCCCACCAGUUCUCACGCCCAGCCCCUCCAGAGCGACCCCCAAGCCUCUGCUCCCCCCAACACUUCGCCCCUAUCCGCCAGCAAACAGCCUGCUGCCAGCCCACAUGAGCCUUCUGAGUCUCCACAACCCUCCUCUACCCAGAGUUCCUCCCCCCCACCUUCCCUCCCUCUUCAGCCACAAGCUGUGGCGCCUGCAGCUGUGUCCUCGUUACAAGCCUCCUCCUCUCUAGGGCUUGUGAGUCGCAAAAAAAUCCCCUUGAUGCAGGGCCUCUCAGGCCUCACGGGCCUGCAGGGAGAUGCAGUGAUGCGGGGAGGGAAGGAGGAGGGCGGAGGGGUGGAGAUAGGUGGAGGUAAGGAAGAAGGGAAGGAGGCGAGUGGGAGUGUGAGGAAAGUGGAGGUAGAUGAGCUAGGAGUUGCAGGUGCUGUGAGAGGGAGAGUACUUCUGAAGGUUGGUGGUGCACACAUGGAGAUAGGAGCACCAGGAGCAAUGAUUGACUCUUCUCAGGGGCGCUAUGAGAAUAAAUUGCAAGUGCGCCCAGCGGUGUAUGAGAGGAGAAUACCGCCAAAGCUUGCCAUCCAUGGCUCUCCAGUGGAGCGGCUAGCUGCGGGUGUUGCUGCCCUCCCUUUGGGUGACAAGCGCCGCAUCGCCGCCCUGGCAGAUCCACUGACUGCCGCAGCCGCAGCAGCAGCAGCCGCGGCAGGAGGAGCAUCAGCAGGAGGAGCAGGAGCAGGAGGAGCAGGAGCAGGAGCAGGAGGAGGAGGACGAGGGGGAGGAGGAGGGCGGCACAGAGACGCGGCUUUAGGGCGUAGCGAGGUAGUGGGGCAGAAGCAGAGAGGAAGCAGCAGCAAGGGAACAAGCAGGGAGAGCACGAGAAUGGGAAGGAGAGAGAGGAGGAAAGGGAGGGGUUGCAGGGAGAGGAGGGGGAUCCAGUGGCUGAUGCUGAAGCGGAGGCAAGACAGGAGCUGGAUGACUCUUUCGACCAGUACACAGAGCAGCUAAAGGACAACGAUAAUGGCCUUCCUACCGAAACCAACUUUCCCACUAACUCCACCCUCACUCUCCAUAGUCUUGGUACUGCUGGGUCUGGCGUAACAGCAGCUGAGGCCCCUGCUUCGACAUCUGCAGGAAUCUUGCCGCCGAUGCUGCCCCGACAGAGAAGUUUGUACUUCCUGCCCGAUGGGGAUGGCUCGGGCAUGUCUGUGGGGAGCACAGAAGUAAAAUCCUGGCAGGUGACUGUAGUGCAGAGUGACAAUGUGGAGAGGGUGAGGAACCAACAGGAGGUGGUGGCCCUCGUCAGAGAGUUUUUUCCGGAACUGCCGAUAGCAAUGGUGCGGCUCGGGAAUGCGUCACUCCAUGAUAAAGUGACAAUAAUGGAGCGCACUCUCCUCCUCGUUGCAGUCCAUGACCCCCUGCUCUCCACUGCACUCUUCUUCCUGCCACGUGGUGCUGUCGUAUUGGAGCUUUUCCCUUUGAAACUCUUUAGCACACAGCACAGGAAGUUGGCACUGCGCUCGGGAAUACACUACAUGUCAUGGAGAAACUGGUUUCGCUACAACGCAUUUUUUAGAGGGAAUUGCCUACGACGGCUGGGAUACACAGACACAGACGAUGAUGUCAGUUGGCGAAUGAAGGAUUGUUUGAAGUGCAUUCGGGAUAAGAGCAUGACAUGGGUGGCUGGGAGGGACCUUUUGGAGUUGUUAGCUAAUGCCACACGAAACAACAUUUCGCGCCACAGCGAAAGCUAAAGCCGUGAGCCAUGCUGAGGCAAAGGGAGACCAGACGACCAUGUGCUGUUGUUUCGACAGAAGCGUAGGCUAGUAACGGGUCGUAGUCGCUUGCAGCUAUUCCCGCAGUAGCCUACUGACUUGUUUCCAUUUGUUUUGGUCGUCGGGAGCUGCUCAUAAGGGUCUCAGCCUGCCCCUUCCCCAAGACUCUCGUCUCUUUAGGACUAACCUGCACAAAGCCGCACCGUUUCCUAGCGUUUCGUAUCGUAAAUCUCACGAUAAUAAGUUCCUUCAGAUAUUACUUUGCCCCAUAUUUAUUUACUAAUAGCUGCAGUCUGUUGAUCACCCACGCCGCUACCCAGUUAUCCGCCAUGCUAGUACCCCGCAGCAUACACCGCCCGUCACAAUGGCGCGCUCUAACGAGGCUCCCCGCUUCCUUCUCCUCCUGGAGCAUAGCCAUCGUGGCGCUCUUGCUGUCCGCCACGUAUGCAUGGACUGCCGAUAGUCACUCGCUUUCCCCGCGCUCGCUUUCCGCUCGCUCACUUUCCGCCCACUCCCGUUCCGCGCGCGCGCUAGCGACGGUGGAGGUGGAGUCGACCGCGGGGCCCGGCUGUGUUAACGCGUUCCCCGCGAAGCCGCUGUGCAAAUUCGUCGACAGCCUCGCGUCGCGCCCCAUCCCCGUGCUCGACGGCGGCAGCGGCAAGACGCUUUCCAUCGGCGUGUACCAGACUUACCAGAGGUUCCAUCGCGAUCUGCCCGCCACGAAGAUCUACGCGUACGGCACGAGCCAGAAGACCGCGUCGUACCCUGGGCCAACGAUUGUGGCGAAAAAGGGGGUUACCACACGGGUUACAUGGUGCAACAGGCUGCAGGACCGGCAGCACAUGUUCACCCAGGACUACACUCUCAUGGCGCAGAUGCCCAAGCCGAAAAAAGGCGGCAUCCCCACUGUGCCCCACCGCCACGGAGGUGAGACUGCAAGCGCGUA